AUGGAAAAAGUAACCGAAGGAUUCGUUCGCGGUAGUGACGCAUUUGAAAGAAUGAAUUACCUUUAUCAAUUGAGCGAGUAUUGGUCCAAAACUAACCCCAACCUUUCCGCUCAUUAUGCCAAACUAAUGGUAGCUAUUUCGAAGAAAUCUGUGCUCCGGCUGGAUCGUUCUAUCAAAAGAUCAGUAUGUAAAGGCUGUGGAGUAUUUUUAUCCGAAGGAGAAACUGUUCGGUCUCGCUACGCGAAAGAACAUAAUGGACAAAUGGUCUGCAUUUGCAAACGUUGUGGUGUAAUGAAACGAUAUCCAUGUCCUAAGGAUGAUAAGAAGAAAAAAAGCUGA